AUGUCUGACCAGAGUGCAACUUUGGCUACAAAUCAGCUCUUGGAGCUUCUGCUACAACUGAAGAAAGCAGGCCCAGCAGCUGCUCGCCAAAUUUUGAAUUCACAACCCCAAAUCGCCUAUGCCUUAAUAACGUUGAUGGUUAGCAUGAACGCGGUUGACUUUGGCGUCUUCCAUAAAACGUUAGCAGAGUUCACGCCUCCGUCUGGCUCCAAUUCGACUUCGACUGCUGCAACAGCUCCGGUACAUGCUGGGGGAGCACCACAAGCCCAAGCUGGACCUUCUGGACCUCCCGCUAUACCAGCCCACCUUCAACCUUCUACAUAUGGCAAAGCACCGGUCGCGCAAGCUUCAUAUCCGCCACCACAUUCUUCGACGCCUCCCGUGAACACGUAUUCGUCAGGCUACAGAGGAAAUGGAACGCCUCCUACGGCAGGGCCUGGCUUUGGUGCCAACCAGUAUUCUUCGUACCCACCAGUGGCGCCAGGAUCGGGGGAUGGGAGUGCUCGCGGUGGAUAUGGCCAACGUAGUGGACCACCGCCAGGGUAUGGUCAGCCCCCUUCAGCGGGCCAUUAUCAACCUCCUCCAACAUCUUAUCCCCCGCCUUCCGCGUCCUCGUACCCACCACCUGUUCCUGGCAUCGCUUCGUCACCCUCACAAGGGCCACCGACCGCGCCGGGGAACGUUCCUGGAUUAGAAAUGAUUCUAGCCAAUAUUCCGGACGACCAAAAGGCUAUGAUUAUGCGCGUUGUGCAAAUGACACCCGAACAGAUCAGGGCGCUGCCUGCUCAGGAGCGAGCAGGUUUCAAUCAGCUGAGAGCGACCCUGGGCCUACCCACUGGCUAA